AUGCCAGUGAAUUUGGCUGUUAUUCAGGAAAAAGCCAAAGCUUUAUAUGAUUCUGUUAAAAGAGAAUUGAAUGAAACUGAUGCAAAGCCAUUUAAUGCAAGUCAUGGUUGGUUCGAACACUUUAAAAAGUGUUCAAACUUACAUAAUAUAAAAAUAACUGGAGAAGCUGCUGCUGACAUGGAGGCUGCUGAAUCAUUCCCAGCGAUAUUUGAAGCUACUAUAAAGGAAGGUGGCUCUUCGUCUAACCUGGACGAAGCAGGACUCUUCUGGAAGUGCAUGCCAGCACGCACAUAUAUCUCUCAUGAUGAGGCUUAUGCACCUGGUUUUAAGGCUACAAAGGAUCGUAUCACUGUGAUGCUAUGCACCAAUGCCAACGGGGAUUGCAAGCUCAAACCGGUAGUAGUUUACCAUUCUGCUGACCCUAGAGCUUUAGCUGGGUAUUCAAAGGAUCAUCUUCCUGUUGUUUGGAGAUCUAAUGUGAAAGCAUGGGUAACUGCAAGCAUCUUCAAAGACUACUUCUGCAAACGCCUAACUAUUGAGUUGAAAGACUACUGUUUGCAAGAAAAUCUUGCUUUCAAAAUUUUACUUCUUCUAGAUAAUUCACCAGGGCAUCCUUCUUGCCUUACUGAUCUGUCAGAAAAUAUUUGUGUGUUAUUUUUACUCCCCAAUACAACCUCAUUAAUUCAACCUCUUGAUCAAGGAGCGAUAGCUGCUUUCAAGGCGUAUUACUUGCGCCGUACGUUUGCUAGGCUUAUAAGGGAGACAGAUAGCGAGAAUAAGCCUACAAUCAAGGAAUUCUGGAGAAAAUGUAACAUUAAAGAUGCUAUAGAUAUUAUAGUAGAGGCUUGGGCAGAAGUUUCAUCAAGUUGCCUUAAUGCAGUCUGGCACCGUAUAUGGCCUGCAUGUGUUCAUGAGUUUAGGGAGUUUGACACUGAAAUAUCUGAAGCUAAAAUGCAGAUUGUAGCCCUAGCCCAUGAAGCAGGAUUAGAGGAGGCGGAUGCUACUGAUGUGCAAGAAUUGCUUGACUCUCAUGGGGAGGAGUUGUCUAUCGACGAGUUGAAGCUUCUGGAUGAGCAGCGGCUGGAAAAUGAGCCUGAACAUGCUGAGCCAGUUAUUCAAACAUUAUCAAUGAAAGUUAUGGCUGAAGCUUAUAAGUGA